AUGGCCGAAGAGGAUUUCGAGAUCGACAUCUACGGCUCGGCCGAGAAUGAGGCUCACAACGACGCCGCCAACCAGGAUGCUAAUGCCCAAUCCUAUGAGAGCAACACAGCGAUUACUGUAGCUAACGGCUCAAAUAACUCAACCCACGCGCAGGCACACCGUCAAGAUGACUAUGAUGGUGAGAACCAGGAUGGACACGGGAUGGACACAAGCCAAGACGACGCUGGCAGGUCACGGUCGGUGUCACAGCAGCCUCACCAAGGCGUCAAACGCAAGGAAGGAUCCGACGAUCGUCCCGUGGAUCCUGGUGCCACCAAUUGCCUCAUGAUCUCCGAGCUGAACUGGUGGAACACGGACGAUGACAUCCGCAAAUGGGUCGUCCAGGCUGGCUGCGAAGACGAGCUGAAGGAUAUCACGUUUAGCGAGCACAAGGUGAACGGCAAGAGCAAGGGUCAAGCUUAUCUCGACUUCAGCUCAGUCCAGGCCGCCACUGCGACAAAACACCAGAUUGACAUCAGCGAGCCUAUCGCCGGUGUUAAGAAGGCAACCGUAGUCUACUCAAGUCCACACAACAACCCUUUCAAGACUUUGCCCAAAGACGCCCCCGCUAGAGGCAACAAGGAUCAAGGCGCUCGAGGAGGCUCAGUCGCUGGUGGUUAUAAUAACCGUGGUAGUUACAACAGCAACUUCCGCGGUCGUGGCAACUUCAACAACGGUCCCCGCGGCGGCGGCGGCGGCGGCGGCGGCUUCAACCCGAACUUCGGUGGUGGCAACAUGGGCUAUAACAACAACAUGGGCGGAGGAUUUAACCCGUCCAUGGGCGGUGGUUUCAACGCUGGAUAUAACAACCGCGGUGGUGGCAUGAUGCGUGGCGGUCCCGGCAUGCGAGGUGGCCGUGGAGGUGGCAUGAACAACAUGAUGGGCAACAUGGGAAAUAUGGGUAUGCCCAUGGGUGGAAUGCCCGGCAACAUGGGCAUGGGCAUGAUGGGUGGUGGAAUGCCUAACUUCAACGGCAUGCAACCACAGUUCAACCCGAACUUCUUUGGCAACCAAGCAGGCGGCAAUGAUUGGCAACAGAACCCCCAUGGCGCCAAGCGACAACGGGGAGAAUAG